AUGGAGACAGAAGACUCAAAAUAUAGACUGUACUUUGUGCAAGUGUGCGUAUGCUUAUUUGGAAUGGCCUCAUGGCUAGAUAUCAAUGGCGUAUGGGUCCAGCUUCCGCUGAUGGUAAACGUCCUCCCUGAAGGAUGGGCUCUGGCAUCAUAUCUCGUUCUGGUUAUUCAAAUCGCCAACAUUGGACCACUCACGUUUUCUAUAGUUAACAAGUUCACUAAAAAAAGGAUCGAGAUACCAACCAAUUAUCUCAUCAUAUCCAUUGGUAUGGUGGCGUGUUUUUUGUUAGCUCCACUGUGGGAUGAGACGACUUACGUAAACGGUGAAGAGCACAGCAUGGCGUUGCUGACUUUGUGUGGGUUCCUCGCAUUGGUCGACUGUACCUCGUCCGUCUCUUUCUUGGCAUUCAUGACUGUAUUCUCACCUAUGUUUAUGACGUCAUAUUUCGUCGGCGAAGGUAUGAGUGCGUUUGUGCCAAGUAUACUUGGUCUUCUGCAAGGUUCCAGUGGCAAUCCAGAGUGUGUUAACAUCACCUACUACAAUGAAACAACAAACACAACAUACUAUGAACAAGAUUACUACUACUCUGAGCCCAGGUACUCAGUGGAAGUAUAUUUCCUACUGCUUGCUGGAUUGUUGUUGACCAGUCUAGUGUCGUUUGCUCUGUUAGCACAUCUUCCAUUAAUCAGACAGUUCUACAUCGAUCACGAGGAUGUCCAACUUGUAGAAUAUCGUAAAUCCUCUGAAGCUGCGUUCGAUAAUUUGAGUAUUACUCUCGAUAGCAUCAACAUUUGCAAGGGGGAUGUAAAACCGAGUUCUGACAACAGCAUCAUAAAAACACCUAUUAGUUCUGACAACGGCAUCAUAGAAACACCUUUAGGCACUGACAGCGUGAUCAUACAAAAACCUAUCACAAGUUACGGCAGUACCGAUGAUUUGAGUCGUAAAGGCAGCGAAGAACAACUCUCUGUCAUUGAAAACUCAAAGACGUUGAAACGUGAACUUCGCAGAUUUGACUGGUGGUAUUUGUUAAUAAUACAAGGUCGUAUUCCACCCUACCCUAUGGUAACCUAG